GUCAGGGGCUGCAGUCUAGUUAGCUAAGAAACCAUUAUGGCUGGAAGCCGGGGAUACAGUGUUGUGAUUUUUCUACUACUGUCGAGCUUUGCGGCGGUUGUGUGGGCUAUGGAUAAUAUGCCCGCUGAUAAAGAUGUAUCGAAACUGUUUCCGCUUACUUUGAUUCACAUCAACGACUUACAUGCAAGAUUUGACGAGACCAAUAUGAAGUCAAACGCGUGUACUGCAAAGGAUCAAUGCAUAGCCGGAAUUGCAAGAGUGUAUCAGAAGAUCCAGGACUUACUUAAGGAGUAUAAGAGCAAGAAUGCGAUCUACCUUAACGCGGGCGAUAAUUUUCAGGGCACAUUAUGGUACAAUCUGCUGCGGUGGCAAGUAACGGCGGAUUUCAUCACAAAACUCAAACCGACUGCCAUGACUCUAGGUAAUCACGAGUUUGAUCACACGCCAAAAGGGUUAGCACCAUAUUUGGCGGAAUUGGACAAGGCAGGAAUUCCAACGCUUGUUGCCAAUCUGGUUAUGAAUGACGAUCCUGAUCUGAAAAGUUCAAAAAUUCAAAAAUCCAUCAAGGUAACCGUCGGUGGAAAAACAAUUGGAAUAAUUGGUGUCUUGUACGACAAAACUCAUGAAAUAGCUCAAACCGGUAAAGUAACCUUAUCGAAUGCCGUAGAAACGGUGAAGCGAGAAGCAGCUGCAUUGAAGAAAGAUAAGGUUGACAUUAUCGUUGUGUUGUCCCACUGCAGCUACGACGAGGAUAAGAAAAUUGCAAAGGAAGCUGGACAAGAUAUCGACGUCAUUGUUGGCGCGCAUUCGCAUUCCUUUUUGUACUCCAAAGAAUCCAACAAACCGUACGACCAGAAAGACAAAAUCGAAGGACCAUAUCCAACAAUUGUGGAAAGCAACAACAAACGAAAGAUUCCAAUCGUGCAGGCCAAAUCGUUUGGUAAGUAUGUUGGUAGAUUGACUCUUUACUUCGACAAUGAAGGAGAAGUCAAACACUGGGAGGGCUAUCCGGAGUUCAUCGACAACAAGGUGAAACAAGAUCCAAAAAUUUUGGAGGCUCUGAUACCGUGGCGAAAGAAGGUUCAGGAAAUAGGAUCAACCAAAGUAGGCGAAACCACAAUUGAAUUGGAUCGCGAUUCCUGUCGUGAUAAAGAGUGUACGUUGGGAGUUUUGUACGCUGAUGCUUUCGCCGAUCAUUACACUAAUAGUUCCUUCAGACCAUUUGCAAUUAUUCAAGCAGGAAAUUUUCGUAAUCCCAUCAAAGUUGGAAAAAUCACUAAUGGUGACAUCAUCGAAGCUGCACCAUUCGGUUCCACAGCUGAUCUGAUUCGUCUGAAGGGGGACAACCUAUGGGCUGUUGCGGAGCAUUCGUUCGCGCUGGAUGAUGAGAACCGUACAAAUUGUUUGCAGGUAUCCGGAUUGAGGAUUGUUAUUGAUCCCAGUAAGAAAAUUGGAAGCAGAGUAGUGAAAAUUGACGUUAUGGAUAACAGAAAUCCGAAAUCCGAAGACUUGAAACCCUUGGAUAGAAACGCAGAGUAUUUCAUAGCUUUGCCGUCAUAUCUGGCCGAUGGUAAGGAUGGAUUUUCCGCUAUGAAGAAGGCAACAGCAAGAUGGACUGGGCCUUUGGAUUCCGAUGUUUUCAAAAGUUACGUGGAAAAAAUUAAGAAAGUAGAUAAACUUAAAUUGGGUAGAGUGAUAGUAUGUAAAGCAGGUUCACCAUGUGCUUGAUGCAUCAAUAAAAUACUUGCUAAUAUGCAAACGGGA